GUCAUUCCCAGGCGUUUGCUCCAGUCGACAACUUCGUGUGAAGAUGGCGACUAGCGAUGAUGAGCCUAUGGCGCUCUAUGAAGUUUUUCAAAAUUGUUUUAACAAAAUAGCCAACAAAAAUCCAGAGAAGCCAGUGUUUAAUCCAUCCUAUGGCAACAUGGACAAUGGAAUGGCUUACUCAGGCAACUACCCUGGCAGCACGGGGGGCGCGCCAGGCGAGGGUUUCAGUCCUGAGACGCCCUACUUCAAUUUCACGAACGCAGCAAGAAGACCCGGUGCGCCAGCCGGUGUCGCCAAACGGAAAAAAGAAAGUUUAGAUCCAGCCGACGGUGGAGGAGAGAUCACAGCGCAACCACAUUGGGUAUGUACCAGUCGGACUAGAACUGAUGCUAAUUACAUUAGAACUUGCACACACUCGGUAUGUAGACCGACAAACAUGUCAAAUGUAGCCCGCUUUCCACCUCAAUAUGGUUCCAAUAACACCUCGUAUGGCUCGGAUGAGUUCGGCCAGGAUUCGCCGAGCUACACACCUCCCAAGAGUAAUGCAAACCUCUUCCAAGAACCCUAUUUCCUGGAAGCGUCUGCUGGAGCGCCGGGACACACGGACCACUGGGCCGGCCCCACCCCCGCAUCGGCCUACGGCUACGGCUCGCCGGCGGGACCCAUGGGUCCGGCGGGCCCAGCGGCACCUCACCUCGCACAAGCCGUCGGCUACUCGUCUGCAAUGCACCUCACCGAACAUAUGGGCUAUGGGACCAUGUCACCUAGCCAGCAGCAACAAGAUUCCUCCACCCUGAUCAACACCAGUCUGCCUCCAAUGUCGAGUUUCCGCGGCCCCGCGAGUGGCGGCGCGCCGCCCGGCGCUGCCGGCCCUUCGGCCACGCCAGCGGCCGCCACCCCCGCGGGGGCGGCCGUUCCCACUCCCAGCCCCUUCGCGGGGGCGACGGGCGGCAGCCCGGUCGCCCCUCCACCUCCUCAAACUCCUGGAGAGACUAUCAACAAGGCACUCGCUUCCAUUUACCCCGCGGAUCAAAGUGCCAGCAGCUACAGCUCCAACCCCUCCACCCCUGUUAGCUCGCCACCCCCGCUGACGAACGCUAACGGACCCUGGCCACCCUCGCAAGGACCAAACCCGUCUUCGCCCCACUUCAUAUCGGACCGGUCCAACCUAGCGAUGGCUCAAACCGGGCAACGUAGAUUUGAUGAUGCCCUCGGAGUCCUGACGACUCAAACCCACGCUGAGAAUGGCCUAUUACAGGGGACGAACAUGGACGACGCACUCAACGUCCUGCGCAACCACGCCGAGAUCCAGGACAUGGUCUCGGGGGCUCCGGAGAUAAUGCACGCCGCGCUCGUGGCCACGAUAAGCGCCAACGGGGGCGGCCCGCACCAAACAGCAUCACAUUCCAACGGUAUCAGGCUCUCUGGCUACCACAUGGAGCACCUGUCAAGCCCUCACCCCGGCACCCCCGGCUCGGCGCUACCUUCGGCCGCGCCCACCGCUGGUCUCAACCCCGUGGGUGCCAACUACGCGCCGCUCAACUCGGACACUGACGGCAACAUCAAAAUCGAAAGGCUCAGUACAAGUAAGCCAAAAAAACGAAAGCUGGAGCCCCCGCCCGACAGCACAGACUCAAAGCCAAGCAGUAGCGACCACGGACUUAAUGUUUUGCCCGGUCCCAACUCAACGAGUUCCACUGCUGGAGGAGGAAAAGGAUCAAAACGCACCCGCAGUAUCAGUGUCAACAGCUGCUCCAGUGCCGAUGAGGAUGAAGACCCUGCCACAAAAGCUCAAAGAGAGAAGGAGAGGCGACAGGCAAACAAUGCUAGGGAAAGGGUUCGAGUAAAAGACAUAAACGAGGCUUUCCGUGUUCUGGGCCAAGUUGUCUCGGCCCAUUUCACGAACAAAAGUGAACAAACCAAAGUUGAUAUCUUGACGCAGGCUACCGAUCUGAUUGUGCAUUUGCAGAACCGUGUGAAAGAGCGUAACCUGAACCCGAAAGCUGCCUGCCUAAAGCGUAGAGAGGAGGAAAAAGCAGACGAUGGUCCAAAAAUGGCAGCCCACCACAUGGGACACCCUCCUCACAUGGCGCAGCCCUUCGGUACCAUGCCCGCCGAAAUUCUUGAAAAUUUUCAACAAAUUAUGGAGUCUGAAGUUAUGAGUGGCAGUGGCAGAUAAACUUGAACUUUGGGGCCGCAGCCGCCACUACAGCACACCUCAGGCCCACCGCAGUAACAAAGGAUGAGACCGUAACUGCCGGACUAAACGACGUGUGAGUUGGGAAGUGACACAAAAGUGACCUCAGUGACUAUCACAAAUGUUGUACGAAUCAUCCUCCAAGUGUAAAAAUAGCGCAGUAAAGUGAAUAAAAAAACUAGACAAAAGGAUGCUGGAAGAAAGUGAGAAAGAAAAGUGUGAAACCGUCAAAGAAGUUAUUAAGGGUUUUUUAUAAUUGACUCUCUUCUUUUUGCAUUAUCAUAAUGUGGUCAAACUGUCAGAAAGUUAUAUAGUUUACCACGCACUUGUGUCUGCUCUUCUUUUUUUCCAUUUAUCAGAAUGGGAAUAAAAUGGCUUGAGCUGAUUUUUUUGUCUGAUGACGAGGAAAAUCUCGCUCACGAACGGGAAGGUGCAAAAGGAUUUCUUCGCUGAUCACAAUUCCUCUCACUUAAUAAUUGCAUCUCCUGUGCAAUUUUUAAUUACGUGCUUAGGUUUAUUUUGUGUUAAUAUACUUUAUGAUUUCCACUUGGUGCUCGAUCUGGAUUGUCCCUAAGAUCUUCCUGAUCGAGACGCGGUUUCUUUUACUGCUUAUUUGAUUCAAAAAGUAAUUAUAUUUAAAUAAGUGCUAUUUUUAUUAUUUAUGGGUGACAACAAAAUCUUAGAUUGCAAUUGUAUAUUUUCAUGUAGCCUCUUGAUUUUCAGUAAUUCUUAAGUGAACAAAAUUCCCAAGUAUAUAAUUUCUUAAGCAGCGUGAAGAAGCAGAUUGAUAUAUUACAAAUUAAAACUAAAGCUUAAUCCUUCAAUCCUCAAUGAAUUAUGGAAUAACUGACACAAAUUUUUGUAUAUCAAAAGCGUUUAAUUAUUUUAGGACGUCGUCUAUCAUUCCAAAAAUGGCAUGUUCAUUUUUUAAUUGCUCUCUUAAUUGUGACUUUUUGUACCAAACAAACAAGCAAACUACCAUCGAACUUAAAAGCUCAAAUUUUCUUGCCCGCGCGGACCGAACAAAUUUUUUGCUGCAACAUCAGUAUUAGCUUGACCCAUUCUAAGUAAGGACGGUAGACGCAGCAUUUUUUACGUCUAGAACUUACUUGUUUUGGCUUUGUUAUUCAUACCAAACAAUUGUGAGACCAACAAUCUGCUCUUGCCUCUACUGUCCUUCGCCCAUUUGAGGAUGGCAGAGAAAAGGAUCCAACAAUCCUGUUACUGGGGGCACUGGUUUGCUCCGCAAUGAUUAAGCCCAAAACCAUCAUAGACCCAAAAUUCCGAAAAAAUUAAUAUCACAGCAAGCGUGCAAAGGCCGAAAUCCUUUUUUAUGCAACAGAAAGAAUGUUUCUUUCUGUUGCAUAAAAUUUUAGCAUUUGCUAUCAAUUUUAGCAUUUGCUAAAAAUUUUAGUUACCAGCCUGUUGGCUUGCAUUGUUAAGACAUUCUCAGGAGUGUCAAAAUGUCAAAGCAAUGGGAGAUAUUUGAGCUGUUUGGGGAUCUCACACUGGCAAAAGGUGGUUAAUUAAGUGACUCGAAUUGCUCAAAUAGCUCAACAGGCUGGUAGGAGGCGCCACUAGCUGGUUUUCGAACCUUUUUAGCAGCUUUUGGCGCUUCGGUGCGGGGAGGGGAAAAGAUGGGUACGAUUUGGCCCAAGCUCCUCCGCGGGCACUCAAGCUCCAUAUUUAUGUUAUCCACUCGGCGGGGAGCUUGAAGCCCUUAAAAAGGUUCUAAAAAAAUUGUAAAUUAGUUUUGGUAAAGUUUAAAUUAUUACGCAAAAUUUUUGUAAUUAUGUACAGAGGUGAUUCUUAAAUCGUAUAUACCUGGUGCUAGAUUGGACUCAUAGAGUUGAUAUUUACUGUGGAUCUUUUUCCUCAGCAAAUUCAUUAUUUUCGUGGAUACUGCAGUAAUUGAAAGCGAGAUCGCCAACGCGAAGUAAAUUUAUUUAGAUUCCACUUUCAAAGCAGUUUUCCCCGCAAACCAAAUUCUAUCGUUUUUUUUUCUUGUUUUUGUUUGGUUUAUCUCUUUUGAGAUGGAUGGCCCCAUGAUUUUUUUGUUAAAGAAAAAUAUGCAUUUAUUGAGAAAUGAUAACGAAAACUCGGUGUCACAAAAACGUGGGCUGUUUGAUCACCUUGUUUAAUUUUUAUGUAAUAUUUUAAUUUGCUGGUCCAGGAAAAUUUUAAUUAGAUUUAUUUAUUUUUGAUUUUAUGGAAUUCAAUUAAAUUGGACCUUUUGUAUUUUUUUUUUUUACUUUACACGACCAAGGAUUCAAUCAUUGUUAUUGACUCCCUGGAUUCUGCAAACUGUGUAGCCUGAAGAGUUCAUGUGCCAGUUUGGUCAGUCUGAUGUCAUUCUCCUAUUAGGCCUGUGUUAGUUCUUCGGUGGGGGUGGGGGUGGCGGAAUGCCGGUUACAUCAGCCAUGUUGCUGGUGGGACCUGUAUAAGCUUUGGAUAGAGUUGAGGACGAAAUGUUUCGUGUGUGCUCGAAGUGCUGGGCAAGUUAUUAUUUUAUCGAAGAAUGAUCUCUUUUGAGAUGGCGAACAACACAGUGCCGCAAAAACAUCGCAUGGACGCAAGGGCCUCAUGGCUACCGUCCAUGCAAAGUAUGCGCUCAACAAUGCGAGCCACGGGCUUGAUGAUUGAUUGAGGCAUGCGAAAAAGGCAGCAUCCCUGGCAAGCAGCUCGCUAAAACUCCACCCAGGUGGGCAAAGCCGGGAUGCGCCUAAAUUUUGACGGACGUCUCCAAAACAACUUGGAUUUUGGCCAAUGCGAGAAUUUUUUCGGGUUUCUUCGUGUCUUUGGUUUUCUGGCUUAAUUUUUGCGGCCCCUGUUACCCCCAUCGAUUUGUUCUGCUGGAUUAACAUGAUUUUUGAGCAAUUGUUGGAUCCUAAUCUUUACUAUCCUUCGACCCAUUCAGUCACAAAUCGGACUUGUUGCAUUAGUACUCUAUUUUUAGUUGCCUGUUGAACAAAAUACUGCCAAAUGAUUAGUAUUAUUUGUGUAAUGCGUUGCUUUUAUUCAGCGUGCCAAAUUAUUUUGAUUUCUAUUCAGGCAAAAUUUGAAAAUCCACCGAGAUGAAAACAGAACUUUCAAGACUUGCUUCGGUUCAAGUUUCUGACUUACAUUUUUGUGUAUUUUGAAGGCAGUACUGCGUGAGUGCUAUGACGGUGUGCGUAUAAUUUAUAUGUAUAGAUCACGAUAUAUAAUGAUUUUCUUAAGUAAAAAAGAUUGGAAACGCGCACAUUCUCAGCAGUUAUCUAUAUUUCAAUCGAAUGCCUUGAACGUUCGCAAACCUAUGAGAAAAUCAGCUAUGCAAUUUAAAUGAUUUCGUUUUCUACGCUGAUUUCUUGUCCAACUAAUUUUUAAACAUGUGUAUGAAUUGAUGAAGAAAUGUUAAUUUAGAGUGACAGAAAGAAAGAGAGGUUUGGCAUUGACACUUGCAAUUUGUAUGCAAAUGUUGCGGACGACGAACAAACAUCCAUGACAAUUAUUAUUUGAACAGUAAACACACAGAAAGAUAAUAAAUGUGCCAUUUUCCAUAAAAUAAAA